AUGUCAGAAUAAAAAGAUAAUUCAUUAUAGGGAUAGCUUUUCGAUAAUUUAAGAUCUUUGAUUACACUCAUCGAUCAGUUGAGAGACUUAGGAGUUUAGGAGUACAUAAAGUUACCCAGAAUAGCUGUGUUGGGAAGUUAGAGUGCAGGAAAAAGUAGUCUUUUGGAAAACAUUGUCGGAUUGGAUUUCCUACCAAGAGGAGAAGGUAUAGUGACAAGAAGACCUUUGGAAAUGAGAUUGAUUCAUAAACCUGAUGCAUUAAAACCAUGGGCAGUGUUCGAAGUGUGCAAAGAUCAGAAAUUCUUUGAUUUUGAGAAGGUUAGAGAAUACAUUGUAGAAUUGACAGAUAAAGCAACAGGAAAUUCAAAAGAUGUCGUCCCCGAUCCUAUAGUAAUGACUGUCUAUUCAAGUGAUUGUCCAGACUUGACAGUGAUCGAUUUACCAGGAAUUACAAGAAUAGCAAUCAAAGGACAAAGAGAAGACAUUGAAAAAGUCACCUUAGAGAUGGCCACUCAUUAUUGUUAAGAUGAGAGAACAAUAAUCUUGGCUGUGUGUCCAGCCAAUCAGGAUUUAUCAACUAGUGAUGGACUUCAAUUAGCAAUCAAAUUAGAUCCCACAGGAUCAAGAACUUUGGGUGUGAUUACAAAGAUUGAUAUCAUGGAUCAAGGAACAGAUUGCAGAAAGGAAUUGUUAGGAUAAAUAAUUCCAUUGAAAUUGGGUUUUGUUGGUGUCAAAAAUAGAAAUUAAAAAGACAUCAACGAGAAGGUCAGAGUUGGUGUUGCAUUGUAAAGAGAGACUGAUUUCUUCGCAAAACACCCUUUGUACUCUCAGAUGCCUCCAGAUAUCAUGGGAACAAAGGCUCUGAUUCAGAAGUUAACUAAUAUUCUGUUCAAACAUAUUCGAGCAUCCUUGCCUCAGAUCAUUAGGGAAAUCGACCAAAAAGUAUAAGAUUGCGAAGUUAAACUCGCUCAACUUGGUCCAGGAUUGCCUAGAGAUAACAAGGAGAAAAUGCAAGUCAUAUGGAAUAUGUUGACUGAGUACACAGAAAAUCUAAAUAACAAAUUAAGAGGAAAAUUCGAUGUCAAAUAAGCAUUACAGAAAGAUACUCAAAUCUCUGGAGGAGCUUAAGUGAAAUUAUACUUGAAUGAUCUAUAUAAUGAAUAAGCAGGCAAAAAUUACAGAGUCAGUCGAGAGUACACAGAUAGAGAAAUCAAAGAAGCCAUUAGAUUACAUCAAGGGGAUUCCAUUCCAGGAUUUCCAUCUUUCGAUAGCUUUUUAUAUUUAAUUAUGCCACAACUUGAGAAAUUAAGAGAACCUGCAAUAGAUACUCUGAAUGAAGUGUUUACCUAUGUUGACUCACUGUCUAAUAGCAUUUUAAAAAAAGUGUUUUAUAGAUUCCCAACCAUUUUAGAUGCUAUUUCAGAUAUUAGUUCUUAAGUACUUACAGAAUAAAAGAACAAAACUAAAGUAGUAGUUGAAAAUUUGGUUGAUGCUGAAUUAGGAUACAUUUUCACAAAUGAUUAAGAUUACUUAACCAUGAAUGCUAGCAUCAUUCCAUAAGAGGAUAAAGAGGAUUAAAAAAAUCCUGCUGCUGCUCCCCCUGGUGACAAUGCUGCAGGCACAACCAAUACUAAUACCACAACCACAACUUCAAAUAAACCUGCUGCAUAGGCAUCCAAUAAAGAUACAGACCCUGAGAAGGUUUUGGCUUAAGAAUUGAGCAGAAGAUUAGAUGCAUACUUUAGAAUAGUCAUAAGAAACUUAAGAGAUUCUAUUCCUAAGGCAAUAGGAUAUUUCUUGGUUAGAGCUGCUUAAGAACAAAUGCAAUUCUAAUUAUAUAAUGAAAUCAUGAAAAGUUAAUCAGUUAUGGGAUUGAUGUCUGAACCUGAAUACAUCACAAUCGAAAGAGAUACUAUCAAGAAGACAUUGCUAGUAUUGAAAAAUGCAUAGAAACUCUUGAAAUAGGAUCCAUAAUAAACAUUCCAACGACAAACCAGUGAAGCAGUAAUGGAUAAGGUAAAGAAGACUGCAGCGGAAACUAUUAAUAAAACAAAAAGAUUUCUUGGAAUGUGAUUUUUAUAUAAUAGAUCACCAAGUAUAUUAUAUUAUAAACAAA